GGGCUGACUUUAUUUCACCGGAACUCUAGCUUCUGCUUCCGGGUCGGAGCCAUGGCGGUGGCAAAUUCAAGCCCCGUCAACCCCGUCGUGUUCUUUGAUGUUAGCAUUGGUGGUCAGGAGGUUGGACGCAUGAAGAUUGAGCUGUUUGCAGACGUUGUGCCUAAGACGGCCGAGAACUUUAGGCAGUUCUGCACUGGAGAAUUCAGAAAAGAUGGGGUUCCAAUAGGAUACAAAGGGAGCACUUUCCAUAGGGUCAUAAAGGAUUUCAUGAUUCAGGGUGGAGAUUUUGUUAAUGGAGAUGGUACAGGAGUUGCCAGUAUUUACCGGGGGCCAUUUGCAGAUGAAAAUUUCAAACUUAGACACUCUGCUCCAGGCCUACUUUCUAUGGCAAACAGUGGUCCCAGUACAAAUGGCUGUCAGUUCUUCAUCACCUGCUCUAAAUGUGAUUGGCUGGAUGGGAAGCAUGUGGUGUUUGGAAAAAUCAUUGAUGGACUUCUAGUGAUGAGAAAGAUUGAAAAUGUUCCCACAGGCCCCAACAAUAAGCCCAAGUUGCCUGUGGUAAUCUCACAGUGUGGGGAGAUGUAGUCCUGAUGAAGACUGAUUCAGGUCUUCCCUUGCCCUGGAUGAUUUUCUGGCUCUUGGUUUUGCUUCCCCACCUGCCACCACUUCAUUAGAUAAAGAGACCAUGGAAGUGCACAGACUGGAACCAAGAUUAUCUGUUUAAAUUUUCAAUUGUAAAUAAAGGAUUUUUU